AUGGCUACUGAAAAUUAUUUUUACUAUUUGGCGGUAGGUACGACAAUAUUCGGUUCGAUGACAGUUGUUAUAUUACUAUUUGCUAUUCCAACAAUUUAUUGGAAGGCAGGACAAGAGCGUUCAUAUGCUAUAACAAAAUCAGCUAGUUUCAAGGAAAAAUCGGAUAGAAUAUGGGCAGAAAUGAAAUCGGUACGUGAGGAAGUCGGGGUAGCUGUGGUUCUUCGACAGCGUCGUUCACAACUGUACAUUUCUAGCGGUAGUAAACAGGUGCUAUGCUCAGGUUGCAUACAAAUCGGAUGCCCUAUAGGCCCACCUGGCCUGAACGGACCUCCUGGUGAGGAUGGAAUACCGGGAAUGGCGGGUAAUCCAGGAUUAGCAGGCGAUGAUGGUUAUGAUGUAGAGCUUACACCGGAGGAAGAGUUACCAUGUGCAAUUUGUCCUGCUGGGCCUCCCGGACAGAGAGGACUGCAAGGCGAACGUGGACAGCUUGGAGAACCUGGUCGGCCUGGGGAACCAGGCCCACCUGGUGUGCCAGGGGAACAUGGACCGGUAGGCGAGCCUGGUCUACCGGGAUCACCCGGUCUCAAAGGUCCAAUCGGCCUUCAAGGACCAUCUGGGGAGACAGUCAUAUCUGGUACUGGAAUUAAAGGACCAAAAGGACCACUCGGUCCUCCUGGACCAAAAGGAGCUACUGGGCCGCGAGGCAAACUGGCUAAGGAAUCUGGUUUUGCCGGAAAACCGGGUAGUAUUGGUCCUUUUGGAUCGCCGGGACGACAAGGAAAAAAGGAGAAGAAGGACCAUGGGGACCACCUGGGGAACCAGGCCAGCCGGCAACGUAUUGCCCAUCGGACUGUGGUGUAUCACAGAUAUUCGCAGCAUCACUAUCUAACGACUUUUUGCCAGCGAUGA